AUGGAUGACGGGGCUGAGUCGUCGGACCACCACAUCUCCAGCGCGAAAUUUUUACGCAGCAGGAUGAUGGAAAUUCUCCCUCUCGUUCGCUACGUUCCAGCGUGCAAGGACGGGUUCACGCCCGCUCCCGAGUCCGAUGAUUGGGAGGACUCGGAGUUCGCAGAUUUUCCUCUGGAGGAUCACAAUUCUAGGUGCUACAUAUGCUGGGAGGACUACCAGCCGCCCCGGAAGAAGUCACUAGCGACUGCGUCUGCGCGGAAGGCCCCCGAACCGCUCAGGCAGUUUGCGUGUGGCCAUGCUUUCCACAAACGGUGUGCGGAACUUUGGGCGCGUGAUAAUAAUAAGUGUCUCUUGUGCCGAAGAGAUCUCGAUCCACCUGAAGGUACUCAGACGGAGGCGGAAUGGUCUGCGAACUACAACCUCAUACGCGAUCAGAAAGGGAUAGCAAAACGAGCGGUACAGUUAGAACUAUUGUGUUCCUUCGAAUGGGAAGCUAUCUAUGAUGCACAAUUUAGUGCAGACAGCAAAUACCUCGCGUUUGAGUGCGCCCGGGAACGUGUGAGGGUUGUUGACAUUGCAACAGCUUCAGUAAUCCGUACUUUUGAAGAUGGCUCAGUUUGUUCUUUCUGCUUUGGCCCAGAUGGACAGAUCCUUGCAACAGGGUAUGCAGAUGGUCACAUCAGUAUUUGGAAUGGCGACGUCGUGAAACAUGCACUUGACGAUCAUACCGCACUGGUAUGGGCUCUCGAGGUUUCAACUGAUGGACGGUGGCUCAUGUCGGCAUCACAUGAUAAUACCGUGCGGAUCUGGGAUACGACCAGCGGGAGUGCUGUCCACUGUAUGGAGUUCCCUACCGAGUUGGAAUUUGCUUCCAUAUCUCCGGAUGGACGCUUCAUUGCCGUAGACGGGAGACUCGGCAAGGUCGAAAUAUGGAGCCUGGAGAAACGCACAGUCAUCAAACGGUUCAAAGCCCACCGGAGUACUGUGAAUGAUGCUGUCUUUACCCUUCACGGCGAGGCAGUGUUAACAGGGAGCAUCGAUACAGAUUUGAAGGUGUGGGACAUGAGCACAAUACUGACCAGUGCAGCACCACAUAGUGAGAUCAAUGAGAACACACUAGAAUCCAACCAAUCCACUGUGCUCAGUAAUUCUGAUAAUGUACCUCACAGUGGUGUCUUUGUUGGGCACGAGUAUUCGGCAGUGUCGUUCGACAUCUCGCAUGAUGGAAAAUGGGUUGUGUCUGGUGAUCAGAGGGGUAUGGUCCACAUAUGGGACACCAAAACAACCGCGGUGCAGUGUGUUUUACGGGCCCAUGCUGGUACGUCAGUGGGCGCAGUGAGAAUCAGUCCGAAUAAUGAGCUGAUAGUCACAGGCGACUAUAAUGGUCGCGUUCGUAUAUUCAAAUUCACAGCAGUGGAUUCCUGUGACGAGGAAGCGCUGCGAGUCCCAGCCAUUCCAUUCGAGCCUCCAACCUCCGGCAACGACCGCACAGAUUCUGUCGACGCGACAGUUCUUCCCAUCGCAUCGUCCCCAACACAGAUGCGCGUCGGCCCAGACAACGACCAUCCUCUGCUGGCGCACGAUGCGUCCGGUAUUCCAGAGCAGACUGACCACUCAUCUCCUCCGGCAACUGGUCCGACCCAUCGCUCGUCCGUUCUUGUCUCGUCGUCAACUGGUGUCGAUUCUGCUCAGGAUGCCCGUGGCACACUCAUUGGCUCCCCUCGAAAGUCUUGUGGCAGUAAAGUCUUUGCAAAAAUGCGGCGAGUCGUGGACAGGCUGCGUCGGCGUGUAUCUCUGCGCAAAGACGAACGUUGA